CAUCUGUUACGUUUCUAGACACACACAUUAUCGGCACACACGAGCAUCCACACAUAGAGCACACCAGUCGCAAUACCGAGCGUGUCGACGCGCUGGCCGAUAUGCGUGUAACGCGCUUUCUGCCUUUCCUUGGCAGUGUGCAAGGUGAGGUCGGAAGCAUGAGGGGCAUGUUUCAGGGGCAUGUUUUGCGUGCAUUGGACUGUUCGCCUUCUCUCGAUGCGGCCCGUGUGGCGUUGCGUCGGGUGGUGAUGGAAUGGCUACUGAUUGAGCUACCCGGCUGACUUGCUGGAUAGGUUUGCAUGUGCCACACCUCAUGUGCAUCCACUAGUGAGUGUCUUGCGCGCUGCUUUGCGUUCUCUUUUAUGUGCACAAUACAACCGCGCCUGACGUUUUGGCUGCGUGCUCGCGAUCGUUGCGUCUCGUAGAUCGCGCCUCUACCUUCUCCGCUUGCUUUUUGGCCCUAUCGCUGCUGUACAACACUGUCAUGGGCCCGGCUAUCAGCUUCUUUCACACCUGAAUCGCCUAUCUGCCUUCCUGGUAUGCAUGCGUGUGGAACACGGGAAGGGACACAGGGAUGCAAACGGAUGUACAUAUGUGUGUGUUGUCGGUGCGCUGUUGUUGCGUUGGUGUGCUGUGGUUGUGGCAGGUUGUUUUUGGCACCCCUGUGUUUCGUCGCUUUUCCGUUUGAGUGCUUUCCACAAUACUAUCUGGUGCGCACUUGUACACACUGACUGGAUGGCUGGAAUGCAUGUGACCAUUAUGCUGUUGGUGUUCUGCUGGUGUGGUGGCUAUGGCAGGUUGCUUUUCGCACCCCGCUGUCGCAUCGCUUUUCGUUCGGGUGCACUCUACAUACACUCUCUCUGGUACGCAUCAAGACAGACACAGCCAUCCACUCGCAUACGCAUACUGUCUGUCUGUCUCCCUGGCUGGCUGGCUGUGCAUGCAAUGUUCUCAGGCGUGUUAUUUGCUUUUGCCGGUCGUCUGCGAGUUUGGCAGCGGCAGUUCCCUGCCUUGUCAACGCUCACAGCGCCCAUUGGUUGAGCUCGCUGUAUGACCGGCACUGCAUGACGGACCUUCACGCCUGACGUUCAUUCAAUCGCUCUCGAGUCCCCAUACUUGAGCUGACUUGUGUUAAGCCCUGAUCAUCGCCAUCCGAUGGUUAAUCGACACAAGACCGCAACCACAGCCUCAUCAAAAUGCGUCUCUCCUGUGAACCUUCCGCGCACAGUUUUACCUCUCAAACCGAAAACCUAGACCCGUCGUGCUAGAUGCUGCGCUGGAUGAAUGGGGUGGUGCCUAGGGGUUCAUUUGCCUUAAACCAACACAAUCUCUGAGUAUUUUUUUUGGCGGGGUAAAUGCAUGAAAAGGCGACGAAGUUCGUGCAAGCCUCAAAGACAAUCAACCGAAGAUAAGCGCUCAAACCACACAAUCAGGCAAACCGAUACGAACGAAGCGAAAAAGCACAAGUGCAAUCGAAAACAAAGACACAGAAGUAUGCGUGUGAGCGCAUGUGUC